AUGGAUUUGACCACGACUGAAUCACAGGAUGGAGAAGAGGACUGGCGAAAUAUUUCGGAUCCAAAACGGAGAAAGCGAGUGCAGAACCGCUUGUCUCAACGAAAACGGCGCCAGAGAUGUCGACAGUCAUACGAUGGCGAGGCUUCAAAAGGCUCUCAGCAAGCCUCCGGCCUAGGCGAGGCCUUUGAAGAUUUUGGCCUUGGUGAUAUGUCGGUCGAUCUAGCAUUCUCACCCAGCUCUCAGAAUGAUUAUGGCGACUCUUUUCGAAAUUCUGAGCCUGGGCUAGUGGAAGAUUUCCUCGUUCCAGACUCAUUCUCGGUCGAUGACUUUCAAAGAAGCUUCGACGCCCUUGACUCCCUGGAGACGGAGCAGCCACUGUCGAAAACAACUGUCGUGCCCCCCAGCCACGUUCAUUCUACAUGCUGUUGUGGCAAACCGCAUUUCGGUAGCGAUAGCAUCCUCGCAUCCAGCAGACGCCCCUCGCAAUCUCAUCUACCCUCGCUCCUUCUGGCUGAAACCCAAGAUAUUCGCUCCGUUCCAUGCAAUCAUACUGUUCCUCCAGCGGAGCCUCAGGCUUAUCCACUUGCAUCUCGCUUACCUUCAGAAUGUUGCCCCCGACGUGCGCAAAAUAUCGACAACAGGUCUGUCUCCAUGUCAGGAGUCUCUCAGAAGAUGCAGCGUACACCUAAAUCAGCGCGAGCCCAACUGAUGGAUAGAAUGAGGAGUGGCCAAUCAAGCGUACGUAGUGCCUCCUACGGCGGCGAUAGUCAAGGGCCGAUGUUCGAUGAUGGCGGCUGCGACCAUGUCGAAUGUCAACAAUACGGUCCAUCUUCUCCACGCCGGGAAGCCAGGACACAGUUUUCUAGACGCGAGAGCUCACACCCCUCGCAAUCAAGACUCACGACAUCUACCAACCAGGCUAUCUUGGCCGAACAUGGAAUCGAUCUCGUCGACAUUCUACGAGUUUCCUCACGCAACCGUCGACAAAGCCAGUCAGACGGGACUCUGCCACUCAACAAUAGCGUCUCGGGCCAACGCCAGCGCGUUACCAAAGUACUAAGUCAGUUAGCUAAACCUGAUAGGAUAGAGGAGGGAGAGGAGGGAGAAGAGGGAGAAGCUAGAUGUGACAAGAUUGUGAUCUUAUAUUUACGAGGUGACAGUGAAGAGGGUGACAACUGA